GCUCGCAUUCUUGUCUCUCAGGGCGGGCCCGCCUCCCUUCUUGUUCCUGGAUGUAGGUCUAGCUGUGUGUCGGCUGUGGCCUCGUAUCUCCUUAUCUUCAGCCCUGUCUCCAGACUACGACCCUCAGUAGGCGCUAAUGCGAGCCCGGCCCCGUCUGGGUCCAGCCUUCUGGGAGCGAAGACAGCGCGGGGGCCUCCAGGAAAAAAACACCGAAUCCUCCGGUUUUAAACUCUUACCCAAGCCGGCUCCAGCGGCCCGGUGACGUGACGUGGAGGGAGGGGCCCCUUACUGUCCGUGGCUUUGAGGUGUACUCUCUGGGCCUCAGUUUCCCAUUCUGCAAAAUGAGGGGCUUGAACUAGAUUACGGAAGGGCAAGGGCAGAAGAAGCAUUUAUCGAGCGCCUGCUGUGUGCUAGGAAAUAUGCUAAGCGCUUUAGCAUUUGAUCAGGGGUCCUUGACCUUUUAUUUAUUAUUUUGGAAUUAUGGAUCCCAUUAGUGUUCUGGUGAAGGUUAUAGAUCCUUUCUCAGAAUAAAGGUUUUUUUAAAAUGCACUAAAUAAAAUUCAGUGCAUUACGAAGGAAACUAAUUAUGUCGAAAUAGAGUUGUAAAGAUAUUCGAAAAACAAACAUAUGCAGAUCAUAGAUAAAGAACCCCUGUACUGGAUGGCCUCUGAGGUCCAGUCCAAAUCUACCUCUAAUAUUACUGUCCCACUAUCAUUUUCACAAUCUGUUUCCAGUUCAAGUGAAAAGAAGAACAAAGGCUACUGAUGGCUUCUGCAGUCAUUGAACAGGAAAGACAAAAGUUAGUUAAAAUUCUGCAUCAAGAUCCUGAUUUCAUGUUAGAUACAUUAACUUCUCGAAACCUAAUUUCUGAAGAGGAGUAUGAGAUCUUGGAGACUGUCACCGAUCCACUGAAGAAGAGUAGGAAAAUGUUAAUUCUGAUACAGAAAAAGGGAGAGAGAAGCUGUCAGCAGUUCCUUGAGUGUUUGCAUGAUGCUUUUCCGGAAUCAGCACAUAGUUGGAGAUCUGACCUUGAAUUUGUUAAACAAGAGAAAGGACAUGAGAAGGCAGAAGCUCUUAUACUCAUGGAAGAGAACAAAAAUUCAGAAAUUACUCUGCUCUCUGCAAAGAAACAGUACAAGAAUACUGAUGUCCUUAUGUCUGUAGGAGAGGAGAGCCAAGAUCUAAAAACUACUGGGCCUUUGGGCAAGAAAGAAGUUAGUCAUUCAGAAGUCACUUUGUCCUCCAGGGAGGAGGAAGAGAAAGGAGAUGAACUGGAAGACACAUUAUAUUCAGAGGAUGGAGAGGCCUAUGAAGAUCCAGGAGCUGUUCUGUACUUAGGGGAAGAAUGGGAAGGUGAGAAUCCAGAUGCUGAUUUAUACUUAGGAGAAGAGGAUUAUCUAGAACCUGUGGCAUAUUUUGAAGAUCCAGGAUCAGCAGAGGAAGAGGAAGCCUGUGUGAAUCUGGAGUACACUGAGUACUGUGAGGAAAAUGACAUGAUCAGAUACUUGGAUAAUGAACGCAGCUAUGAAAAUUUAGAGACUGAAGUGCCUCUGGAGGAGGAGGAGGCAGCAAAUUUGGAAGAGAGAAGAAAAACAUUCAAAGAAAUUCUGUCAUGUUUGGAAAUAGACAGGAAUAGAAAACUUCUACCAAGUUUUGUUCAACAGUUUUGCUUGGACCAUGGAUGUCAUUGGAUCCCUCAGACAUCAGCAGACUUAGCCUGGAAUUUCCUAGUAAAAAUUCAGUCCUUGGAUGUGACUGCCAGAGAUACAGUGCUCAGCCAGAGGGCCGAAGAUGAGGAUGGAAAGGAGGGAUUGAUUAAGAAGAUAGAAAAUAUGGGCCUUAGAGACAAAGAGACCAUUAACCCCCUUGAUGUCCUUUGUGCUGUCAUGCUUUGUUCUGACAAAUCUUUGCAGCAGGAGGUCUUGGGGAACAUGUUUAAGUGUCACUUUGCCCUUCCCCUGCUGCUACCAGAUGCAGAGAACAAUAAGUGCAUUUUGAUGUUGGGAGCCAUGAAGAACAUUGUGCCAAAGGAUUCAAUACAUUCCCUGGGAGAUGCUUCUCAGGUUGGCAUAAAGUCCCUUGUGUUUAUGAAAAUGCCACUUAUCUCUUUUGUUCGAUUGGGGCACUGUGGUUCAUCUAAAUCCAGGAUCCUUAAUGCAGUGCUCAGCCCUCCCCAAAAGCAGUCUCCCCACAUCUUUCUCCACCGAGACUCCCGUGCCUCAUUACUUCCCCGGCAGAUCUCUGAUGGCUUAGUUGAGAUUACUUGGUGUUUCCCUAACAGUGACACCCGUAAGGAAAAUUCUGACUUCUUUCAAGAGCCUGUAGCUGUGGCCAACCUUAGAGGAGAUCUGGAGUGCUUCUGGACACAGUUUGGCUUUUUAAUGGAGGUCUCCUCAGCUGUGUUCAUUUUUACUGACUGUCCAGGUAAGAAGGAAUGGGACCUCCUGGCAUUUCUAAGAGAAUCUGCUAAGGAAAGAUGCUACUUCAUUCUCAGUCCCCAGUCUAGGAAGAGUGAGGAAGCCCAACUAUUUCAGAGAGUUCUGAAACUGAAGCCAUCACAACUGCUGCUUCUAGAGGAGAGUGAUAUGGGGAAUGGAGGAAGGUAUUCAGAGAGCCUCCAGAUAGCCCUGAAGGAGGUAAUGUGCUCUCCUCUCAGACCUGUAUCAGUGGAAGAUAUGGCAUUAUUGGCCAGAGAAUUGGGGAUCCAGGUGGAUCAGGACUGUGAGAAAGCCCAAGAUGUCCAAGGAACCUUUAGUGAAACCACAGCUGAAGCAGUUGAGGAUGAGGUACUCCAGAGCCACUCUCAGCCUGCAAAUCUACCAGGAUGCCAAUGUCAGAGGCCUACAGGAGGGACUAGGAUUUUUAGGGGAGUCUGCCCCCAGCCUCAUGCUUUCUACCCUCCUACAUCAUUUACCCCUGGCCCAUGGGUUUGGCGUCACCCGCUGACUAGAAUGAAGGGUAAUCUUUAUCAGGGUUCUUCGAGACCCUACUGGGCCAUGGGCUUCAAUGUGUGGCCAGGUGUUAGGCCCAGAUGGCUCGGCCCUCUGGCCUUUCACAAUAGAAGGGCCAAUAUAAGAGGCAGAAGUCCUGGCAGAGGGGCUUGCAAGCCUCAGAGAAUUCAUCAAGCUGCAGCAUUUGUGAAGUCCUCUGCAUAUCCCCAAGUACAUCAUUUGGUAAGACCACCCAGACCCAUUUCUCAAACUGUACAGGCCCCAUACCAGAUAUCUCAGUCAAAAAAUUUAAGAGCAAGUAGAUUCACUUCCCAGGCAGGUCAUUUGCAAACCCGAGGACCACAGCUAGAAGGAAUAUCUAUUCGACCUAUGAGACCAAUCUUCCAUUUAGGAUGGCCCUGGAACCCAGGAUUCCAACAUGUAGGAGUGACCAAGAAACCUAUGAGACAAGCAUCAAAGUUAGGACAAUGCCAGACUACAGAUACACAAUCUACAGAAACAUGUAGGAGGCCAGCCUCCCAAUCGCAGGGACCAAAGCUAGGAAGAUCAUCUGGGACCCAGCGAUCUCAGCCAUCAGGAGGGGCUGGGCAGCCAGUGAAAUUGUCCUGUCAUAUAGGAAGCGCCAUGCCCCAACAACCUCAACUGGCCAGAACAACUGAGAGACCCAUAAGACCUGUCUGUCAGCCAGGAGCAAACAAACAGCAUCAGAGCCAGACCACAAAACCUGACUCCCAAACAGGACACUCAUCCAAUUAUAGUAGUAAACCCUCACCAAAGUCACAGUCCAAGCCUCCUCAAAAGAAAUCAUUCUGCUCUAUGGGAGGAGCCAAGAGGAAAGGAAAGUAAUAAAAUAUUUAUUUUAGAAUCCAGUGCAUCUGAUUAUUAAGAGACAGCUAAGUAGUACAAUGGAUUGAGUGCUGGACUUAGUUAUGAAAACCUGAGUUCAAAUCUUGCUUCAGAGAUUUACUCACUGUGAGACUUCAGACUUAAUCUCUGUCUGCCUUAGUUUUCUCAUUUGUAAAAUGGGGAUAAUACUAGAAGUUACCUCCCAGGGUUAUUGGGAGGAUAAAAUGU